UAGCGGAAAUACACCUAAUAACCUCGAGUGCGAUGAAACAGAAAGCGAGUGAAAUUGAAAAUGAAGCAGUUAAAGCGAACAUCGCCAAAACAGUGAUUUUCACAAUCAACGACACAACUAUUACCAGCCCUGUUGCGAAUCGUAAUUCAACUAAAACAACAAAAUCACACUGCACUUGCUCUACAACUCCUACAGUAAGCUUUGAUGAGUCCACAAGCAAGCCUGCAGCCGCAACGGCAAGCGCUCCCUCUGACAUUGUCCAUCAAGUGUGCGGUAACUUUGGCCACUGGCAACUGCGCACAAUUUUACUGAUCUUCCUAUGUAAAAUUCCCUCCGCCUGGUUUAUGGCCUGUAUUAUUUACACGGCGCCCACACCCAAAAAGGGUGACUACUUCUGUCGUCCACCAGCACUUAUGAACGCCAGCGCUGGCCCAGCUACAGAGUCUACACCCGCCUGGGUGCGCAUGUCCUCGCCGGCGACAGAUGAGCAAGGCACCGAUCGUCACUUCUAUGUGGAUGCCUGUAAUAUUUACGAGGAGCAAUUACAGCGCGACUUUGCUGCCAAUCAUGCCAACUACUCCAAUCCUUUUGAGGAGCCCAAUGUCGUGCAGUUGGCGAAUGGUUCGCUGAGUUUGAAAGUGAAUGUGCUGCCUUGUGAUCAUUUUGAGCACAACUCGGAUUACAAUUCGCUCGUGUCGCAGUUCGAUUUGGUUUGUUCGCGUCAGUUGCUGAUAUCAGUGACACAGUCCUUUCAUGGCUUGGGCGCAUUCUUCGGAGGUCUGAUCGUGCCACACGCGCUCAAAUACGUGAGCCCCCAUCGCUUGAUGUUCGUCGGCAUGUGUCUUCAAAUAUUCUGCGGCUGCAUUACUGGGCUAGUCACAAAUUUUCAACUACACGUCUACUUCCGUUGCUUAACUUCGAUUGCUUGUACUGUGUUGAUGUCUGCUGGUCAAGUUAUAUUAAUGGAUAUUACCGCAGGACGAGCAAAAACUAUAGUGACUACGCUUUCUGAGCUAUUUUGGGGCAUUGGACUUAUACUUUUACCCGGAAUUUCGAUAUUUUUCGAUAGCUGGAGUUACUUAUAUUUGGCUAUUUCAUCGUCUGUGAUUAUUUUAAUAUUCAUGCACAAAUGGAUCGCUGAUUCGCCGCGUUGGUUACUGCGCCACAACAAAUUAGAUCGCGCCUUAGAACAACUGCUGAACUCUGCUGCCUUCAAUAACCGACCGAUACCAUUAGACCUGGAUCAAAAAUUGACGUCCUAUGCGAAGCAACUACAACAAAUGGACACUGAGACACCACGCUACUGGUCGAUUUGGGAUAAAAGCACCGAACGCAAAUAUAUCUACUGCAUUCACUGUGUUUGGGCGGGUGUCUUAGUUCUGCACAAUGUAAUGCUACUGAUGAUAAGAUCCCUAGGCAGAGAGUUCAUACACGUCAAUACUGUAUGCGUGGGCUUCUCCGAAAUUCUGGGCAUCUUUCUGGGUCUCUACUUUAUACUCUACACCAGACAUCACUGGCUUUGGUGUGGUCAGUUGAUGAUCGUGGCAGGCACUGUUACUUAUUUGAUCUGGUUCGUGCCGAGCUCAUUGAAAUCUAGUCGCCGCGUGGGUCUCGAAAUGAUUUUCUGGAUGUUUCUGAAGUUCGCGAAUGCCGUUACGUUUGCCGUGCUUGCGACGUGUACCGGUGAAAUCGUGUCCGCCGAAAAGCGUCCUCUGUUGAUGUUCUCCGUGCUGACGCAUAGCCGCUGUUGGGUCAUUCUUGGCCCCUUUAUAGCUGUCACUAUUCAGAUACAUAAUUUAAUUCCAAUCACUGCCUUAACGUCUUUGGCGCUGGUCACCGGCAUCUUGCUUUGCUUUCUGGAUCGCUCUUUUUGGACUACGGAACAGCCACGUAUAACAAAGGUGCCCACACCGAACACUUAUAGGCGCAACUCUUCCUUGGAGCUGCUGCGUCGUGUGUCUGCCAGUUCGAUUGGAAGUGCCAGUUAUACAAAUUCAGGCUUCUAUGAAAAUGAUCUGACGAUUAGUGUUUCCGAUUUAUGGCUGGUGAAUAAUCAAUUCGAGACAAUAAUGGAGCAGGACAUUGUGACAUUAGAAAAUGAGAAAGUCGCAGAAAAGAAGCCCAAAAUGGAAAUAAAUCGCAAAAGCUGAGGAAGUAGUAAGAAAUAAAUAGAUUUGUAUAUAUUUAGUAGUGCAUUGAGUGUUAAAGAUUUGCUCACAAUUAUUUU